CAGCAACAACAACAACCAACGACCAAGUGUUCCAGUGCAUGCAAAACAACGACGAUUUCCCGAAGUUUGCAGGGAAGUCGUGGGAAUUUCUCCAUACCUUGACCCAUUAUCGGAUACAUCAGACACCCCGGAUUUUGCAGAAGACAUGUCACUAUAAUGCGGAGCCCAGAAACGGACAGUGAGCACUCGGAAACGGAUUCCUGUGGAUCCUCCACAAAUAGUAGCAGUAGUGGACUAGGAGGAGUUCGCCAUCGGAGGAGGAGCACCCAAUGUCAGGGCGUAUUUAGCCUGAAGGCCAUGGCGCCAAGACCCAACGCGGGACCCGGUGGCUGGUUGUGUCUGCUCCUUCCAUUGGCCUUGGCCGUCCGCCUGUUGAAUUCCCCGCCGGGAUGCAAGGAUGCGGAAAGGAUGCAGUGGAUCCUCACUGUUUCAGCUGCCGGAAUGGCUCUGGAAACCCUAUGUUUCUUCGUCUACGCCUUUGUUAAAACCGGUAUUUUGGUCAAGUGUUUGGUUAGUCUCUUACCUGGAGUGGCCACCAGUUUGAGCUUCUACAUGCUGGCAGACACGUCGCUUUCCUUCGCUAUAAUCGUGGGGUUCCUAAUGACCGCCUCGUAUCAGCAAAUCUAUAUUUACACUCUGAAGGGUUUUGAAAAAUCCUUUACCUAUGGAGAGGCCUCGGUUUUGAUUCAGGGAUUGGUGCUCUUCGCCAUGAGUGCUACCCACAAACUCAGCGGAUUUCUUUGUGGCGGUUCCUGGCCAACUGAUGAAUUUGAGACACUCAACAUGAUUAUGGUGAACGCUCUAUUUUGGCUGCUGGUGUUCUGCUUGGCUCUCGUCGCUUUUCCAUCGUUGAGGAAGCCCUACUGCUUUUACCUGUGGAUGUUCCAACUCAUCGUGGCUGUCACCUGUAUGCCGGUGACGAAACCCCUUCCCCUGCUAACCCUCAUUCAGUUCAUAAUCCAGGAUCGCGACCGACUAGCCAUAUUGGUAUUCUAUCUCCUGCUGGUUGUACUAACCUGCAUCACAGUAGCCUGGCAAAUUGGUAGUUCCUCAAAGGCAAACACGCGGGUGCGAAAGAUCUUUCACCUGCUUAUUGUGAUGGUUUAUAUUCCUGGGUUGAUCUUCGAAUGCGCCUUGCUGUAUUUGGCAACUGGAGUUGCAUUGGCUGCCUUUGUGGUCCUGGAACUGGUGCGACUCCUCAAGAUUCCUCCGUUCGCAGACAGAUUAGCAGAAGCCUUUCGCUCCUUCAAGGACGAAAAGGAUGCCGGGGAGUUGGCUUUGACUCCGUUCUGUCUGCUCAUCGGCUGUUCCAUGCCCAUUUGGAUGAGCCCGUGUCCAUGCUCUGGAGGCAAUACCUUGGCCUUGCUAUCGGGAAUUCUGGCAGUGGGUGUGGGAGACACGGCAGCCAGUGUUGUGGGCUCCAAAUUGGGCCGCAACAAGUGGGGAAAAUCCUCCCGUUCCCUGGAGGGCACUAUUGCCUUCGUGGUGUCCAUCCUUCUUGCCGUUUGGUUACUUGAGAUUUCCGGCUUGGUGGCCAUGACCCAAGCCAAAUGGUUCGCCACUAUCUUCGCUGCUUUGAAUUCUGCUUUGGUGGAGGCCUUUACCGACCAGGUGGACAACUUGGUGCUGCCUCUGAUAUUCUAUACGAUUGUGGGCCUAGCCUAAAAUACUUAUUUAUAGUUGUAAAUAAGUUUAAAAGUUGCAUUCCUUAGUGUCUACCUUUGUGAACAAAUUUCUGGGUGUAAUUAAGUGUAUUAAAAUAAGUCCGUUGGUUUAAUUUCAACCAAAUAAAAUACUAAUUUAUUAAAGAGUUUUAAAAACUCAAACUACACAAA